AUGUUAAAAAUACUGUUGGUAUCUGUGGUUCUUUUUUUAUUGCAAUCAACUAUAUCGGUCCAAUCACAACCGAUACCAUGUACCUAUAUAUCGUCAAGUAAUCGUAGUGAUCCAAUACCGUGUGAUUAUGAAAAUGCAAUUGCCUAUCAAUAUUGUCAAUCAAACAAUGAAUAUGGAUCAUGCAAGUUUGUAGAUUGUAUUUCUGGUUAUGUUUAUGAUCAUGGAAUUACAAAAAAAUGUAUAUCGACAUUUGCACUGACUUUGUAUGAUGUUGUGUUGCUCGGUGCCUUCGGAGUGUUGGUAAUAACUGCACUGAUUUUCACAUCGAGAUGUUAUAAUUCAAAGUCACUCAGUCAAGCGAAAUACCACUCAAUGGCACAGCCCGAAAAGAAAAAUAUUGAAAUGUCACAGGUUGGUAGUAGAGGUGGUGCAGAUUUGGAACAGCAACAACAACAACAGGAACAGGAACAACCUGAAGAAUAUGAUGAAUCAUUAUUGGAAAUUCUUUCACUGGGUGAAAGUGAAAUCUAUUUGGUUGCACUUGGAAUUGCUUUGUCACUAGUGGAUAUUGCCCUGGGAUUGGUGGUUCCUCUCGUUGCUGCCAACAUCUAUAAUUACCUGUAUUCCGGUGAGGUCGAUAAAAUCAAUGGAACCAUCCUGACGUUCGCUCUGAUUAUCAUCGGUAUGAUCAUUGUCCAGUUUAUGUAUGGUAUCGUUCUGGCGUUGGCCGGUCAUCGUAUUAUUGCACGUCUCAGAAACAAGUUGUUCACAGCGAUUCUCCAGCAGGAUAUGGCAUUCUUCAAUGAACGUAAAACCGGUGAACUUAUGAGUAGACUGGCAACCGAUGUCAGUUCAGUUCGUUCGAUCAUCUCUGACAGUAUUCCACAUAUAAUCAUUCAGUUUGGUAAUAUUUUCGGUGGACUUAUCAUGUUGUUGAUCAUCUCUUGGAAACUAACACUGGUAGUUCUCUCGCCCCUCCCGAUUCUCUUGAUAUUCUCGAAUUUCUAUGGUGCCUAUAUCGAGAAGAUUUCGAUGCGUGUGCAAGAUGCCCUCGCAGACGCCGCUUCUCACGCAGCGGAAACACUGUUUAACAUGAAAACAGUUCGUUGGUUCUCCAGUGAGCAGCAGGAGAUCACCAAAUUCAAACAGUACAUCAAGAUCUCCUAUAACAUUGCUCUGAGAAUGACCAUUUGGAACGGUGUAUAUUCAUCAACCAGCGGAAUAUUCGAGCAACUCUCUGUGUUUAUCUUGCUGUGGUACGGUGCUCAUUUGGUAAGCAAUGGUGAGUUGUCACCAUCGAUGUUGAUCGCUUUCAAUCUGUUCCUCCCAUUCAUCUCUGGCGCGGUGACAUCGUUGUCCUCGCUCUACACCACCUACAAAUCGUAUCGUGGAGCUAGUGUUCGAUUCUUUGAGAUUAUGCAGCGACGUCCAGACAUCCCAUUCAGUGGCGGUGUCAUGUUGGAUCGUCAGCGACUAACCGGUGAGAUUCAAUUCAACAAAGUUACAUUUGCAUACGAUGGACGUGAUCCAGUCUUAAGAGAACUAUCGCUCCAAUUCAAACCGAAUACUAUUACCGCGUUGAUUGGAACAUCCGGUGGUGGAAAGAGUACUAUUCUCUCACUGCUCGGACAUCUCUAUAAUAUCGAUGCCGGUAGCAUCACCCUCGAUGGAACCGACAUUGCAACGAUGAACGUGCAGAAUCUGCAUUCACACAUCUCCAUUGUCAAUCAGGAACCAUCGUUAUUCACCGGAACCAUCGCUGAGAAUGUUGCAUACGGUGCACCCAAUGUCAGUCGCGACCAGAUUAUCAACGCCUGUCAACAAGCGAAUGCACAUGGAUUCAUCACACAACUUCCACAGGGUUACGACACCCUGAUUGGUGAGCGUGGUGCAGCGCUAUCCGGUGGACAGAAACAGAGAAUCGCCAUUGCUAGAACUAUCAUUAGAAAUCCACUGGUUUUGCUACUGGACGAAGCGACGAGUGAGUUGGAUGUAGAGUCGGAACGAUUGGUACAGGAAGCGAUCGAGACUUUGGUUGUCAACAGAACAGUUAUCAUUGUUGCACAUCGUCUAUCAACCAUUUUGACUGCAGAUAUUAUCGCUGUUGUUGCAGAUGGUGAUGUCAAAGAGGUAGGAACACCCGAGCAACUCGUGGAAGCACGCGGAAUCUUCUAUGAUUUCGUACAGAUUCAAUACGGACAGGGCGAUGGCAGUGAAAUCAAGUUGAACAUCCCACCGAAAUCGAGAAAUCUCAACAAGCUGAGAAUGCGUUCCGAGACUAUUAAACAAGCGAUCGCCGCCGAUAGAGACAGAGCACCAACCAUGCUUAGACAACAGAAUAUUCAUGGAUUCUUGGAUAAUGACGAUGAAAUACCAACUAGUAGCAACAGUUCAACUACAACAACAACAACUAACAACAAUAAUAAUAAUAACAAUUUACCAUUACCAACAUGGCGUAGUGCUAAAUCAAAGAGUAAGAAAUGGCAACAGCAUAGCAGUACCUAUAAUAAAGAGGUACCGGUUGUACAAGGACAAUGGCGUACAGCUAAAGUCGAUGAAAAACUUCAUCGUGUAGUAUUAAAGAGUAGAAAGAGAUUCUUUAAAGAAGAGAACCGUGAUUUGAAACAAUCACUUGUAAACUAUUAG